AACGGGAAAAAAUAAAAUCAACAUGUCGACGACCUUGAUGUCGUCAGCUCCGGCCUCUUGGCCGAAGACCGUUCCUUUCUUCUUGUACCGUAGCGGAACUUCCCGCGGUGCAUAUUUCCUCGAACAGGACCUGGAGUCCGUUUUGCUAGAAGAGGACUAUAAUGUUGGUGGACCCACUCCCACAACUGCAGCUGCAUCGAAUUCGAAAGGAGUUACAUCUCUGGAAGAUCUUCGUGGCGAGCCUGACAAAGACAAACGGUUGCCUGGUUCAUCAUCGGGAGCAGGCGGUUCCUCGAGUAGUCGUUCUAGAGGAAUAAAAAAGGAACACACACCUCCAGGAGAUCUUCCAGCUUCGGACUUCUCAAACCCAGCAGAUGAAGUGCCACUAUCGCUGCAAAGUAGAGCAAAUUUCUACCGUCGUCGUGACCAGUUGAUUGCUCGUAUCAUGGGUUCUGGGGUCCCGCAAAAUUUGCAGGGGCUCGGCGGCGGAUCGCCGGUGACCACGAAGGCGUGCGUCGUUGGCAGGUAUAAUGCUGAAGACGAAACGCAAACGGGUGCCAAAAACGAAAAAUCUCCUGCAGUUGUAGCCGAUUUGGCGUACGAAUUUUUCCAAUGUGGCGUGAAGGAGGCAGGGGUUGACCAUUCGCACGGCGACUGCGGAAACAUGCUGGCUGCCGUGGCCGCGUUCGGGAUUGAGAAGGGACUGGUAGAAUUGGAACACUGCUGCAACACUAGUAGUGCUACUUCGCAUGAGAAGUCUCGCGACCGUGAUGGUGUAACCUCCACGAGCUCGACGUGCCCUGUCCGUUUGUACAGCCGAAAUUCAAAGGCAGUGUACACGAUUGAGGUUCCAGUUACGACAUUUCCGAUAGCUGAUAAGAACGCGAUGGAGCGUGAAGAUCGCGCUGCAAAUUUUUAUGAGACAAAUAACGUCGCAAACGCAAACCGCACGAGUUACAAGCGCCCGCGUGAUGAAGCAGGAGAACAACUACAAGCGGCCUCUAAAGCAACAACUUCUAACGUAUACGUGCGGUACACGGGCGACUUCCAGGUUCCCGGCGUCCCAAGCCCGGGCGCCCCGACGCGCAUCACCAGCCACGGUGUCGUGGGAACACAGACGAAUGGAGAGUUGUUUCCAACGGGGAAUGUAGUGGAUGCUUUUACCGUAGAGAAGUUCCUUGCCGAAUCAUCAUCAGAAGAUUCAGAAGAUGAUGAAAAAGAUGAAGAUCUUUUUUCAGCUGCGCGCCCCCGCAGGUCCCUGUCCUUCACGGUGAAGAACGUCACCUGCAUUGACUUCGCUCGGGCGCUUGUGAUCGUCGGUGCAUCGGAGCUUGCUAAGUUUCCAUUGCUUCGUCUCGCACUGCGGCGGUUUUACAGGGACAACUUCUUCGAAGAUGAAGAAAACACGUUAGCGAGCAGGUGCAUCGAGUUCGGUGCUGUGGACGACGGGCUCUACACGUAUCUGGAGCAAAUUCGCCUGGCGGCUGCUUUGAAAAUGGGAAUGGGAGAUUGCCGCGGCAAAGACGCUCCAAAGGUUGCCUUGUUGCUUAACGACUACGAGGGGAAACAAGAUAACAGCGAUAAAGAUACACCCACACCUUUGAAGUGCCUGUACUUCGUGAACCCAGGUCGGCAGGAACUUCACCCAACCUGCGCGAUGACCGCUGGCCAGGCUCUCGCCGCCGCAGCUUUGAUACCGGGAACCUUGCCCCAUCGGGUGCAGGCUGCGCGGCUCGAGAAAGAACGACUUGAAAGCGCCGUGAACAAUCCAACCGCGAAAAAGCAAAGUUAUGAAAUUCAGAUAGAACACGCCAAAGGUGUGCUGGGCGUGGAGGUAGGCGUCGAGAAUAAGCAGCAGGACGGUCAACAGGAACAAAACGACCUCCUUCAGUUUCCGUACGGUAAACCAGAGACUGGCACCUACACGACGACUGUGCGGCUUUUGUCGCGGGGCGAAUACGUCCUCCACGGGGAUGAGGAGGAAGUUUUUGGUGCUGGUAAUCAGGACAAAGCUGAAGGCGAAGAUCACUUUUCGAUCGCACGAAAUGAAGAUGUUGCGCGAGGAGACACGAAACGAAAAUGCCUGGAACUACAUGGAAUACUGCUUUAGGUUGAGUGAUGGAGGCGUUGAGUUUUACCACGAUGAAGAAAAUAACGGCAGUGGUUCCUCGCAUAAAAAACUGAGAACCAGGCUCGAAAUCUUUAUUCUGUGGACCUUGAACGUGAACUCCAACAUCAUCAUCAGUGUGCUGGCGCCCCCUGCAGCUUUAACUCCUGGUUCUGGCAGGUGCUGCUAUCUUACACACGUUUCAUAAUGAAACGUGUGUAAGAUAGCAGCAUCAUGAUGGUAGAACGUACGAAGAUUAGAAGUAGAAGACGCUCAUCAUGAUGGUAGCAAAGCCAAAGGUCAAUAAGGCAUGUUCGGGUGAUGUUCUUGGUGUUCUUAACACUAGAGAUAUAGUGCAGAUGCUGGCACAGAAAAUUUUCGUUCCUGUUAGGCUGUUUCUUCUUCAGACAUUUUUCGUGUCGCACGAUACCGUAGUGCCGUG